GUCUGUGUCAGGUAUCUUUUACUAAUUGUAUAUGGGUAUAUGCCUAGGUUAGGUAUGUAGUUAUAUAUCACAAAAUCGAUAGAUAACUCAUUUAAGAACUCGUUUAAGUGCCUAAACAGGAGGCAAAGAUGAAACACAUGGCAGCCCCGCAGCGGGUGUUACAGAUCUAUUAGUGAGCCUGUUAGUGAGGUGCUAGUGAGGUGCUAGUGCAAGCUACCCCGCCAAUCUUCCGUCACCUCCCUCUGGAUCACCCUCCGUCAGCUUUCCCCCUCUUAGACACGGUCCUGGUCUUUAUCCCCCAUCUUUUAAUAAACAGCUUCACACGCCUUGCACCAUCAGAACUAGUUGUGAACAGCAGAUUCAGGGUCGCAAUUAUCUCACAAAUUUGCGACUUACCCAUCCAGCUCGCUCACCUCCGCCCAAUCCCCAUUCCUCCUACGUCGCAUCACGACACCACGAUGGUAGACAGACCCAACAAGCCCGCUGCCCUGGCCACCACGCCGGGCCUGCCACCUCAGCCACAGGUCAACAUUUCACAUGCCAACUCGCGCGUCUCGGCCGUUCUCCCCACCGGCGAAAGCGUUGAAGUGCUUCUUUUCGGUGCCACUGUUAUCAGCUGGAAGGACCGCGCCGGAAACGAGAAGCUGUGGCUCUCUGAUGCUGCCAAGCUCGACGGAUCCAAGGCCGUGAGAGGCGGGAUUCCUCUCGUCUUCCCUGUCUUCGGCACUGCUCCUGACCAUGCCGCCACCUCCAAACUUCCCCAACACGGCUUUGCGCGCAACUCGAAAUGGGAAUUCCUCGGCAAGUCGUCUUCUGAGUCAGCAUCGACCACAAGUCACUCCGAUGCCUCCGUCAAGCUAGACUUCGGUCUUUCAUCCGCAACACUCGACGAGAAGACGAAAGGACUGUGGCCCUAUACUUUCUCCGCCAUCUAUAGCGUAACCCUGACGCCAGAAGGCUUGAGCACCGGUAUUGUCAUUACGAAUGAUGGAAAAGAGCCCUUCGAAUGUCAGGUCUUGUUGCACACAUAUCUGAGAAUCAAUGAUAUCACAAAGGUCCAAGUUACCGGCCUUGAGGACUCGGAGUAUAUCGACAAGGUAGGUGGCGUCCAGACAAAGUCACAGUCCGGUGCUGUCACGAUCACUGGCGAGACCGACCGCGUCUAUACCCCUGCCAAAGGCCCAUCAUCGCCCGUCAUCGUGACGGAAGGUGGCUCAACUGCUUUCAGUGUUGUACGCGACAACUUGAAGGAUGUUGUAGUGUGGAACCCCUGGACAGAGAAGGCAGCUGGUAUGGGCGAUUUCGAGCCCAAGGACGGCUUCAAGAACAUGAUCUGCGUUGAAGCUGGCUCAGUGCGUGGCUGGACGGCACUGGAGACUGGGGAUGCUUUCGAGGGCGCGCAGACGCUCUCGUAUUAGCUACAAGAAAGAGCUGCUCGAUUAGCGAGGACAGAUAAAUUGUGAGAAACCGCGGGAGAAAGUAUGAAACCCACCGAAGUAGGAAGUGUAUGACAGAGAUCACUCACCUUGAUACAAGGACUUUUGGAACCAGCGAUGAAACGGUCUACUUUACUUACAUGUCUUCUUCU